CAGCACGAAAAAAAAAAAAAGAGCCGCGCACCGCGUCGUUAACCGGGUCGCAUCUUAGAUUCGGUUCGAAAUGUUCCCCUGCGUUUUUUCGGUGAAUCUUCGUAUGAACUGACAGUUUAGUUUUCUGUUCGUCUGCGACUACAGAAGGACAUCCCAUAAUUCUAAACAGCCUCCAGGGAAACGAGCAUCCCAGCGGUAGCUAGCGGGAGGAAGAGCUGCACCGUCCGUCUCAUUGUACAGCUGCUGGAAAAUAAAACAUGACGACUUUAACGAGGCAAGACCUCAACUUCGGACAAGUGGUUGCUGACAUUCUGUGUGAGUUCCUGGAGGUCGCCAUUCAUCUCAUCCUGUAUGUUCGUGAAGUUUAUCCCUCUGGCAUAUUUCAGAAGAGAAAGAAAUACAAUGUGCCUGUGCAGAUGUCGUGCCACCCAGAGCUGAAUCAGUACAUUCAAGAUACCCUACAUUGUGUGAAGCCGCUGAUUGAGAAGAACGAUGCAGAGAAGGUGGUGGUGGUCAUCAUGGACAAAGAGCAUCAUCCAGUAGAGAGAUUUGUGUUUGAGAUUUCCCAACCUCCGCUGCUCUCUAUCAGCUCAGACACUUUACUGUCACACGUGGAGCAGCUGCUGAGGGCGUUCAUCCUGAAGAUCAGCGUGUGUGAUGCCGUCUUAAAUAAUAACCCACCAGGGUGUUCUUUUACAGUCCUGGUCCACACCAGAGAUGCUGCUACACGCAACAUGGAGAAGGUUCAGGUUAUCAAGGAUUUCCCGUGGAUAGUCGCCGACGAGCAGGAAGUCCACAUGCAGGAGCCUCGACUCAUUCCACUCAAAACCAUGACCUCUGACAUAGUAAAAAUGCAGCUCUACGUGGAAGAGAGAGCCCAGAAAACGUAGGCGCUGACUCUGCUGAAAGGAUUGUUAUCUAAUCUGUGACAACAAGGAAUCAUGAAGAGAAUAUUUUAUACAGCCAAUCGGAGGUGUAGUGAUGAGUUUUGCUGAACACGUGGGGUCAGAGAUGCAUUCACUUGCCGGUGUUGAGGGUCGGAGGGAUGAGCUGCGUUGACAUUUUGUACAAAAUCUCCAUCCGUCAUUAAUCUGGUCCACGCAGGUGAUCGACUGUAUUUGAUAUGUAUCAUGUGUGUGGUUCUGUUUUUAUUGACAUGUAUUGUGUGCAGAUGCAGAUUUUUAAUGUAACAUAAUGUAGUUAGAACUUUGUGACAGUAAAAUUCAAGGAGAAAUGUUUGAAUGCAGACCAGAGUACCACCAUCUCCCACCAGCACCUUCAGUCCACAAACCUGUAACUGUGCUGUGUUGUUAUUGUAAGAAUAUUUCACAAUGUGUUUGCAUUGUUUUGCUCUUAAUCCACAUGAAAAAGCGUCCUGUUCCCUUCACAGGGAGGUCAGUCCAUCUCUUUGUUUACUGUACAGCGUCUUCACAGCGAUAUUAAGCUGCUGAGCUGCAGUGGUUCCUCAUGCGAUGGCUGCAGCAGCCUCCAUCAGGAGCACUGUGUCGAAGCGUCAGUGUAAAAGUCUUGGUUGGGUCCAUGUGCAAUAAAUGGAUCUCGGUGUGUAAAAGUGCAACAAUCUUCUGUUAUGUGACAAAUGCAAAGUUCUGAUGUUUACUUUUAAAAUGCAGCGAUGUGUUUUAAUAUGAAAAAGGCUAUGAGAUUGUAAUAAAACCCUUUUAAAGCACCAG